AACUAACCAAAUGAGGUAAAGUAACUAACAAUCUUUUCUGUAGGGCAAUUUGUCACUGAGUUACCAAAUGGCUUGCCAAAAAUCUCCUCACGUCACAAUGUUCUCAUCCUUAUACCAUCGCUGCUGCACACCUUUUAUUAUCCUCCUUCCCUCCUCCGCCAAUCCUCUUUCGUUUUCACCGCCACUACGCCUCGCUCGCCGUCUCCGUCUCUCCGCCCAACAAGUCUCCUUAUAUUCAAACUCUCCCUCCUUCCCAAUCCCACCAACCAACAACCACCAAAAACCUUCUCCUCCUCGUCCUUUCUCCUCUCUCUCCGCUUCUCCCCUCCUAACCUCACCGCCAUCAACAAUGGGCUCCCUCUCCGCUCCCGCCGGCGGACUAUUGCCGUAUCCGCCCGCGCGCAGGGACGAGACCGUCGUCGAGGAUUACCACGGCGUCAAGGUCUCCGAUCCUUACCGAUGGCUGGAGGAUCCUGAUUCGGAGGAGACCAAGGCGUUCGUGGAAGAGCAGGUGAAGCUGACGGAUUCCGUGCUGAAGACCUGCGAUGCGAGGGAGAAGCUCAAGGAGAAGAUUACCAAGCUGUUCGACCAUCCCCGCUACGAAGCGCCGUCCAAGCGUGGGGACAAGUACUUCUACUUCCACAACACCGGGCUCCAGGCCCAGAGCGUUCUCUACGUUCAGGAUGGCUUGGAAGGGGAGCCAGAGGUGUUGCUUGAUCCGAAUACGCUGAGCGAGGAUGGGACUGUGGCGCUAGGCAAGCUUUCGGUGAGCGAGGAUGGCAAGUACUUGGCCUACGGGGUUAGCUCGAGCGGGAGCGACUGGAUAACAAUCAAGGUCAUGCGAGUUGAGGACAAGAGAGUUGAGGAAGACACAAUAUCAUGGGCAAAGUUUACGGGGAUCAGUUGGACACAUGAUAGCAAAGGGUUCUUCUAUAGCCGUUACCCUGCUCCCAAAGAUGGGGAGAAGUUAGAUGCUGGGACAGAGACCAAUAUCAAUCUAUAUCAGGAAUCAUAUUACCAUUUCUUGGGUACGGAUCAAUCCGAGGACAUUCUGUGUUGGAAAGAUCAAGAAAACCCCAAGCACUUCUUCGGUGCAUCAGUGGCAGACGAUGGAAAGCAUGUUCUUCUACAUAUCAGCGAGGGGUGUGAUCCAGUCAACAAAAUAUACUACUGUGAUAUCUCUACACUUCCUGGAGGACUAGAAGGUUUUAAGGGAUCAAACAAACUUCUCCCUUUCACUAAGCUUGUGGAUAACUUCGAUGCUCAGUAUGAACCGGUAGCAAAUGAUGGCACCACAUUCACAUUCUUGACAAAUAAGGAUGCUCCUAGGUAUAAGCUAGUCCGAGUGGACUUGAAUGACCCGAGUUCAUGGACAGACGUUGUCCCGGAAUCCGAGAAGGAUGUAUUAGAGUCAGCAGAUGUGGUCAACGGGGACAAAUUGAUACUUAGUUACCUGAGUGAUGUCAAGAAUGUGUUGGAGAUCAGGGACCUAAAGACGGGUUCCUUCCUGCAUCAACUGCCUAUUGAUAUAGGUACCGUGACUCGGGUAUCUGCAAGGAGACAGGACAGUGUAGCAUUUAUAGGAUUUACGAGCUUUCUUUCCCCCGGGAUUAUAUACCAAUGUGAUUUCGGAUCUGGGGAUCCGGAAAUGAAGGUAUUUCGGGAGACCAAUGUACCUGGAUUUGAUCGCUCAGAGUUCCAAGUGAAGCAAGUUUUCGUUACUAGCAAAGAUGGCAACAAGUUCCCAAUCUUCAUUGGGUCGAAGAAGGACAUAAAACUGGACGGAUCAAACCCAUGCUUGCUAUACGGAUACGGUGGAUUCAACAUCAGCAUCACUCCGUCAUUCAGCGUGACCCGGGUAACACUCGCCAAACAUUUGGGCGUCGUCUUCUGCAUCGCCAACAUCCGCGGCGGUGGAGAGUAUGGCGAGGAAUGGCACAAAGCAGGGUCACUAGGCAGUAAGCAGAACGUCUUCGAUGACUUCAUCUCUGCCGGUGAGUACCUUGUGUCAGAAGGCUAUACCCAGCCCAAGAAGCUAUGCAUUGAAGGCGGGAGCAACGGUGGCCUCCUCGUCGGAGCCUGCAUGAAUCAGAGACCGGAUUUGUUUGGUUGUGCGCUGGCUCAUGUUGGCGUCAUGGACAUGCUGCGAUUUCACAAGUUCACAAUUGGGCAUGCUUGGACUACUGACUAUGGCUGUUCGGACAAAGAGGAAGAGUUCCAUUGGCUGAUCAAGUACUCUCCACUGCACAAUGUGAGGAGACCAUGGGAAGUGAGCCCCGACGUUCAGUACCCUCCGACCAUGUUGCUGACCGCCGAUCACGACGAUCGGGUCGUUCCGUUACACUCUCUCAAGCUGUUGGCGGUGAGUUGACGAUCCCACCAUCAAUCCUCAUAUCGGAAAGAUUCCCUGUACUCUCGAUCACCGGUUUCUGGUACCCUUUCUUCUUUGCAGACGUUGCAGCAUGUUCUGUGCACCAGCUUGGACAACAGUCCGCAGACCAACCCGAUCAUCGGCCGGAUCGACCGGAAGUCCGGCCAUGGCGCCGGCCGUCCGACUCAGAAAAUGAUUGAUGAAUCGGCGGAUCGGUACGGGUUCAUGUCGAAGGUGGUGAAUGCAACGUGGACUGAGUAGAAUUAGAAACACGAAGGAGAGCGGCAUCUCGAUCAGAGUUUUCCACUUGGUGUUGAUUCCGUUGAUGGAACCGUUUGGAUGAUACCAUCGGAACGGUAGCUUCUUUUUUAGGCUCUCCUUGUAAGAUAUGGUAAAUGCUCUGGUUUUAGAACAUUUAUGGCCGUGGUGGGCGCCAACAACGAAAUGAUUGUACAACUUGUUACAUUAUUAUCAUUAUUAUAUUAGGUGAAGCGCAACUUGUUACACGUGAUUGUAUACAAUAUCCCUUAGAAUGAAUAGUUCAUAAUUAGUCCGGUUAGAUAUUUAUUAGACCUGAUUGGAUGGAACAAAUUACAAAUGAGAAACGAAAUGAGUUGAUCAAUU